GGAGACAGGAGGGCCUGGGCUCGGCUUGUGGCUGAUUAGGGGAGGACGUUCGGGUGGAUGGGAUCCACUGGGAGGGCAGCCUGAGGAUGGGGCCGGGGGCCUGGGUGAUGGAGCGGGGCAGUACCCCGGGUGCCGAGGGGCAGGUUGGAAAGAGCCUUUGAGGGGAAGGUGAAGAGGCCGGUUUUGAACGUGUUGAGAUGUCUCGGAGGCAGUUGGUAAGGCAAGCCUGGAACUUGGAGAGGUCGGGACUUGGCCCAGAGAUCCAGGAACCAUCUGUACAGAGGUGCUAAGUGAUCCAUGGGAGCCGGUGAGAUGAAGCAGAGGGAGAAGAGAGGGGGACCCAGGACGGGCCCAGGGCAGCACUGGCGUAAUGGCUGUGGCCCAAAGGAAGCUCUAACCAAGGAGGCCGAGAAGGGCCGGUCAAAGGGGUGGUACAAACUGCACUCCAAGGUGGGCAAGAAGGAGAAGGAGCGUGGCGAGAUCCAGGUCACCGUCCAGUUCACACGCAACAACCUGAGCGCCAGCAUGUUUGACCUGUCGGUGAAGGACAAGCCGCGCUCGCCCUUCGGCAAGAUCAAGGACAAGAUGAAGGGCAAGAAGAAGUUCGAGCUGGAGUCGGCCUCGGCCAUUAUCCCAAGCAGCGCCCUGGAUGACCCCGACCUGCUGGGUGGCUCCAACAAGAAGGCCAAGGCCAAGACCUUCUUCCUCCGCAACAAGCUGCGCAAGUCCUCACUGACGCAGUCCAACACCUCGCUGGGCUCGGACAGCACGCUCUCCUCCGCCAGCGGCAGCCUGGCCUGGCCGGGCUCCGACUACCUGAGCCGCUCCCCCAGCCGCCAUAGCCGGCUCUCCACCGACGGUGGCAGAGACUCGGCCCCGUCCCCCAAACUGCUGACCCACAAACGGGCCUACAGCGAUGAAGUGAGCCAGGUGCAGGCGGGGCCGCCCCGGGCGGGCCACGAUCCCGGUUCCGGUUCCACACUCUGCAUCAACGGCAGCCACAUCUACAGCGAGGAGCCGCCCGCCCCGCCGGCCCACCGGGCCUCCAUCUCAGGCCCCUUCCCCUCGGCCAGCGCCCUCCACGGCAUCUCCCUGCGGCGGGCCGAGGAGGCCACGGGGCACUCGGACGCAGUCCCCUGGGGCCGCAGCGGCCAUGGCGGCAGCUCCGAGACAGUGGCCAUGGCAGGUGUGGGCCGCGAGGAGGAGGGGGUCCGGCGGGCAGAGGGCAAGCCCGUCCAGGUGGCCACACCCAUGGUGUUCUCAUCCCCGUUGGCAGAGCGAGAAGAGCCGAGGAGGGAGGAGCGCAAGCCCCGCAUGGGCCUGUUUCACCACCACCACCACCACGGGGCCGGCCGCAGGGGCUCCCUUGGGGACAAGACGGCCCCUGCCCUGGCCGCAGCCCCCCACCCUUCCUCCAGCGGGGAAGAGAGGAGCAAGAGCGGCUGGUUCGGUUCCCGGGAGGGGAAGGAGCAGGCGCAGAAGCCCAGCCUGGACGUGUCUCCUCAGGUAGAACCUGGCCCAGAUGCGCCUGCGCCGCCUCCUCCGGGCAGCCUCCCCUGCUCCCCCCCUGUUCCUGUUCCCGCCGCUGCCGCUGCUCGCAUGCUAAGCACUAACCUCUUUGCACCCGCUGCCGCCACCGCCUUCGCCUCCCCCCCGCCCCCCUCCCCCAGAUAUCUGGGACCCACCAACCCAUUCCUCCCCUCCCUGCAGAGCAACCCCUUCUUUGAGGAGCUCGUGGCGGACAAAGCGCUAAAGUUUGCUUCACCUGCUCGCUCUCUCCCCAGCGGCUCGCUGGGAGCGGCCCCCACCGUGCCCUCCCUGCCAGAGUGGGACGACACCUUCAACGCCUUUGCCGCCAGCAGGCUGUCCCCCGAUGCUGGGCGCGGAUCUUUGGCCCCGGCCGCAGAGACGGGGCCGGAGGAGCCUGGGCCAGUGGCCUUUGGAGCGCCCUGGAGCGGCUGCGAUGACACGGGGCAGGCUGAGCCCGAAGACCCCCGGGGAGGGGGAGGCGGCACAGCACUGGCACUAGAAGCCCCUGGACCCCUGAGUCCCGAGGGAAGGAGGGCAGUCACUGCCGGCUGGCAGUCCCCUGUGUUCCAAGAACCCAGCCCCUCCUUGUCAGCCAAGUGGCGCUCCCUGAGCCAGGAGCCCGAAGAGGACGGAACCUUCUCCCUGCGCCGGGAGGCAGACCAGGGCCCAGGAGCCGGCGGCCCCCUGAGGAGAGCUGGCAGCGAGGGCGAGAAGUCGUCGGGUCCAGGAGCACCCCGCGGGCCUCGAAAAGAGCCUCUGGGCCAGGAAAGCCAGCUCUUCCAGGAGCUGAGCGUCAUCACUGACCUCUGGUCGUCCGAGAUGCUGAAGGUCACUCCUGUGUCGGAGAGCCUCCCUCCCAUCCCCAAGAGAAGCUGGGAGCAAGAAGAGAUCCUUUGGGGCGUCCUGGAUGAGCCCGGAGGCCCCGCGCCCCCUCCAGACUCUCCGGGAGACGUGGGCAGAGAAGUCUUUUCACUGCCCCCUGAGACCCGGCAGGCGUCCUCCGAGGAACUGAGGCCUGCGACACCCCCCCCCAAGCCACCGCGCCUUUUCACACCCCUGAGUUCCCAGAAUUCCCAGAGUGAAGAGAAGGAAAUGCUGAGCAAAGAAGGGACAGAACCGUGGGUGGAAGACAUCUUCCUGAACCUCCAGGCUCUCAGCCAGCAGGGUGAGCCACAGGGGUCCGAGCUGCAGGGGUCUGAGCCGCAGGGGUCCGAGCCACGGGGGUCUGAGCCGGAGGAUCCCAAGUCAGAGGGGCCCAAGUCAGAAGGACUCAAUCCACAGGGGCCUGACCCUCAGGGGCCCGAGCUGCAGAAGCCUGAGCCACAGAAACCUGAGCCGCAGAAGUCUGAGUCGCAGGAGCCUGAGCCUCAGGGGCCCGAGCUGCAGAAGCCUGAGCCGCAGGAGCCCGAGCCUCAGGGGCCCGAGCCACAGGAGCCUGAGCUGCAGGAGCCCGAGCCACAGGAGCCUGAGCUGCAGGAGCCCGAGCUGCAGAAGCCUGAGCUGCAGGAGCCCAAGCCGCAGGAGCUGCAGGGGCUCCAACUGCUGGCGCCAGAGCUUCCAGGGUCCAACCCAGGUCUGGAAGAGCCAGAGCGCUGCCCAUCUGCAGAGCGUGUGGACCUGCGUGCAUUCGAAGGGGGCUCCGUCAGCUGCUGGGAGCCGACACCCCUGGUCCCUCAGCCCAGCCCUCCGCCAGCCGUCCUGGAAAUGCCUUCGCCGACCCCCAGCUCGGAGAGCACGGCCGGCCGCUCCCAGCUUCUCUGGGCAGUUCAGGAACCAGAGUCGCCAUUCCUCGGCAUGCUGGGGCCCCUCCGGGAUAAGCCUGAGCCCCCUGGUCUCCCGGCCCCGACUGCUUUGAAGAAAGAUCCUUUCUGGGGCUCUGACGGUGAAGACAACGCCUCAAGUCCCCCCUCAUCUCACGGGAGCCCAGCCUCCCUUGUCCUCCCCGCCUUGCCGUCCACCGGGGACGAAGCUUCUCCAGAGUCUCCGGGCCUAGAACCCGUGGCUCCUCAGGACCCCCUCCCUGCCCGUCCCUCCCCUCCCUCUCUCCCUCCUCCAUGCUCAGCCACUAAUGUGAGCAGGAAGCCUGGCCAAGAAUCCCUCUCUCUGCAUGGAAGCCGGCCCUUAUCUUUCUCUACCCCGGCCCUGGUGGACUUCCCCGCAACCCGAGGCCCCUUCGAGUUCCCCUCGCCCACCGAGGGCCCCUCGAUCCCACAGUGGGCCAUCGAGACCCCUUCUGCCCUGCUUGCGCUUCUGCCCCUGGAGACACGACCAGCUGAGGAGCCUCCGAGCCAGCGUGGUACCAGCCCUCACCCCGUGAAGCCCCUCAGCUCGGCCCCCCCAGAGGGAGCUGCAGACAGGAAACCACCUCGAUCCAGCCUGAGCUCAGCCUUGACCAGUGGGUUGGAGAAACUCAAGACAGUCACCUCGGGCAACAUUCAGCUUGUGGCCCCCCAGGCUGACCAGACAGCGGAGUCCAAGGUGAAACUGAAGGACCCCUCACAACCGGACCAGUCGGCCAAGUACUACCACCUGACCCACGACGAGCUGAUUGCCCUGCUCCUGCAGCGCGAGCGAGAACUGAGCCGCCGUGACGAGCACGUGCAUGAGCUGGAGAGCUACAUCGACCAGCUCCUGGUGCGCAUCAUGGAGACAUCCCCGACGCUGCUGCAGAUCCCGCCGGGGCCCCGGGCCCCCAAGUAACCCCCUCCCUCAUUCCUCCCCGAGGGCUCACAGGCACACACACACACACACACA